AUGACUUCCACUGUGAACCCAACGUACGCCCCAGGUGUCGUGCAUGACACCAAGAAGCAUGACGACGCCCCCGAGUUCGCCAUUCUGGCUCAGCGCAUCGACGCGCUGACCACUGUCCUGGCUGCGUCUGCCCAGGGCCACUUCCAGCGUAACCUCGUCGCAGCGGACAUCGGCAACCCCGCCCCCCUGGGAUUCUUCGCCUUCGCCAUCACCCUGGGGCUGUACAUGUGCGUCGAGGCCCGCAUCGUCGAGCAGGCAGCCCUCUUCUACGUCCUCCCCUUGGCUAUCUUCCUGGGUGGACUGGCCAUGUACGUGACUGCCAUCCUGGAGCUGGUGCGCCGCAAUGCCCUGGGCUACUCCGCCUUUGGCGCCUAUGGCACCUUCUUCAUCGCCGUGGGCGUGCACGGCAUGUGCGAGGCUUCGGGCCUCUUCUUCCUCCCCGCCCCCAAGGGCCAGCAGGCCCUGACCGCCCUCUUCGGCAUCGUCUCCCUCGUCUUCGCCGCCGUGUCCGUGGCCAUCUGCCUCCUCCUCCCCAUCGCCUUUGUCAUGCUCGCCGUCCUCUUCUUCACCCUGUCUGCGGGCUUCGUCAACCCCACCGCCACCAAGGCCGCCGGUUGGUGGGGCCUGGUCACCGCCGCCGUCGCCAUGUAUGCCGGCGCCGCCUUCCUAUUCGAGGAGAUCUGGGGCAAGGAGAUCCUGCCCAUCUUCUACACCAAGCCCUACAAGGUGCAUGCCGCGCACCUCUUCCCCCGCAUCUCCACCAGCGACCCGCGCUCCGUCACCGCCGGUGUGCCCUACCCUGGCCGCCCCGAGAUCCACCGCGGCGACAACCAGGUGGCUGGACAGACCGCGCCCUCCCUGGUGGACCUCAACAGGGUCAAGAGCCCCCACAACGGCGCGGACCACGUUUGA